AUGCCUAAUCAUUCUAAUUGUCAUUAUUAUACUGAUAGUCUAUACUCAACCAAAGUUGAUCAUCUAAAUGAGAAAUAUGUUUCGUUAACAAUUGAUGAUUUUCCAAAUAUAAACGAUUUGAAUGUUAGUAUUCAAAUUUUGGACAUUUUGAAGAAAUAUGAUGCUCAUUGUACAUUUUUCACUAUUGGUAGUCAUGUACUUAAAUAUGAGGCUAAUUUAAUCGAUGAUUUAUUCAAAAGAAUCUCAGUAGAAAAUCAUGAACUCGGAAACCAUGGAUGGCGUGAUGAAAUGGCAUUAAAAUUAUCCAAAUUUGAAUUAGAAAAACAAAUUAACGACACGCAUACAGUUAUCACUAAAAAUAAACAUUUUAACCAUAAAAACUUGUGGAAUUGGUUUCGACCAGGUCACGGCUAUUUUAAUUCGACUAUUCUUGAAGUUUGUAAAAAAUUAAAUCAUAAAUUGGUGUUAGGUUCGAUUUAUCCUUACGACCCUCAGCUAAAAUAUUCGAGAUGGAACUCAUCAUUCAUUAAAUAUAAACUCUAUUCCGGUGCUAUUAUAAUUCUACAUGAUCGUUUAGCAACAGUUCGAACGUUAGAAUUAGUAUUACCGGAAAUAAUAAAACAAAAUUAUCAAAUAGUAACAUUAACAAAAUUAUACCAACUUUCUAAAACGUCAUUACGACCAGAUUAG